AUGUCAUAUCUUCACUCAGUUUUCACUCACCUGGAGAAUAAGAACAGCUACAUCAGAAUGCUGUUUGGAAAACGCAACACUCUGGGCUUCGGUACAACACUCUGCAACUGGAUACUGGACCUCCUCACAUACAGACCCCAGGGAAUUUGGACCGGCAGUCACACCUCCUCUACAUUAUCUUCAGUGUGUGUUUGGUCCCUCUCCAGAGACUCCUAUGUGGACUCUCGGUUGCCAAAGCGGGUCUUUCAUGCUCAGUGCCUGACCUCCGGCUGUGUAAACCUGCAGGGCAGAAGUGAGGAUGAAGCCCUGGAGGCCAAACCCAUCUACUACCGAGUCCUGGUCCUGCACAGAGUCCAGAAGCCCAAAAAGAGAGGAGGGAAGAAGAGGAGGUAUGACUUCAGACUGGGGACAGAGAUGAUCCCAGUGGGCUGCACCUGUGUGCGUCCCAGUGUCGUCCCCCAGCAAUAACACAGAGGACGCUCCUUGUGUCUGCCAGCAAACUGUCCAUAUUUUGAUUUUCACUCUAACUCAAAUAUGUUUAAGCAAUAUUUUUUAAGC